AAGAUAGAAACAGUCUUGAGCAAUAUCAGGGAGGAAGUCAUGUGCAGAGGCUGGUCAAAAAAAUAGUUAAAGAGUAGUAAUUAUCAGCAGAACGCCACAUUUCACCAUGAAUCAGCUUCGCUGCUGCAUCUUCUCACUUGUGCUCCUCAGCUUCACAGUUUGUACAUGUAGCGCCAAGACUGUAUACGGAUUUGAGGGUCAGGAUAUCAAUCUCCCGUGCAAGUAUGACUCGGCUUAUCAUGGGGUAUGUGAUGUAUGCUGGAUGAAAGGAAGCAUCCCAAAUAAUGGGUGUGGUGCUCAAAUUAUUUAUGCAAAUGAAAAAGAAGUGGUGAUGAGAGACAGUGUGAGAUAUCAGCUAAAUGGAAAUCUGAAGAUGGGAGAUGCCUCUCUCACUAUCCGCAAAGCAAGAUUAAGUGACUCAGGAAAAUAUGGCUGCCGAGUCCAUGUACCUGGAUGGUUCAACGAUAAAAAAUUUGAGGUCAACUUAGCCAUCAGGAAAGCAAUGAAACCUGUAACAACUACAACACAGGCACCUGUUUUAACGACACCUGUGCCAACCACAUUCCCUGAGACCACUAAGCAAACAGAAGCACCACAAACCAUUACAACUACUACACCACUCAUUCCUACCCAGGAACCUGUUUUCACAACCCAGAAUGAUAUAGCCACCACCUCUGAGCCUGCGACCACUGUGAAUACAGGACCUGUUUCAACAACAAAUGAUAAAACAACCACCAGCCCUGAGAAAGUGACCACUAAGCAUACAGAACCUGUUUUCACAACCCAGAAUGAUAUAGCCACCACCUCUGAGCCUGCGACCACUGUGAAUACAGUACCUGUUUCAACAACAAAUGAUAAAACAACCACCAGCCCUGAGAAAGUGACCACUAAGCAUACAGGAUCUGUUUCAUAUAUGCAGAAUGAAACAACAGGCCUCCCUGUGAAUGUGACUUCUAAGCAUACAGCUUUGGUUACAACAGUUGUGAACUCAGAAAAUUACCUUGAUGAAUCUUCUAUGGAGAACAAUAUGCCUGUGAAAGAAGUAAAGGUGCUUCCUGCAAUAUUGGUGCCAGUUCUACUGAUUCUGCUGUUUAUGGGAAUUGUUGCUCUUUACCUAAUAUUUAAACGUAAAAGAAGAUUGAGGUCAACACUAGGAAUAGCCAAGAACUCAUCCUCUUCUGUCAACUACAACAACUUAGAGAACAGCGUGACCCUGCCCAUGACGAGCUCAGCCGAUAGUGAGAUGAGUUGAGAAUAUGACCAGAGAUCAUAUUACAUGAAAUGUACCUAUUAAAGAAUACACAAAGUUAAUUUGUUUUAAAACACUGAGUUUUAAUCAAUGCUUUUUUUAAAAACCUUGUUUACUUAGUCAUUAUUUUUUUAAAAAUGUGAAAAAUACAAAAUAGCUGACCAUGUAAAAAAAAAAAAAGGUGCAAGCAGUAGGAUGUAAAAUACAGAUUUUUUUUUUUACUAGUUGGUUAUACUGUCUGUUGUUAGUAAAUGACUUGGCAACUGAUAGUUGUCACAACCAGGGUAGGAAGGAGACAGACCCAUAUGCAGGACAGCUUCAAAUGAAAGGGGUUUAAUAAAUAAUGAAGACAAGACAGUAAAAGACGAGAACUAAAGCAAUCCAGAUGACGACACUUAACAAUGACUAAGGUGCACGUAACUAAUGAUUCGCUCACUUUUAUACAAACGACAAUGAGAUACAAUUAGGAUCAGGUGUGGAGACGGGGCGGAGCAGACGAAGGCGGGGCAGACACGUGACAACAACAAAAAGAGCACAUGGCCAAAAGUCUGGGCUGAUCCCUGACAAUAGUAACUUCAUCAAUAAUUGUAUUUUGAAAAGUAUAACUAUGACGAUGUAAAUGUGAUACUGCCUUGGGUUGAAAAUGAAAUAAAGACUAAUAAAACAUCAA